AUGUGUUUUCAGGAUGGAACGCAGCUAUUCAUUGGUGCUCCUGGAAGUCACUAUUGGCAAGGACAAGUGUUCACUGUGGACGCCAAAAAGUUCAUGCCUUUCCUGCCCCCCGAAUCAAUUCGAGUGAAUGCGACUGCAGGGCAGCUAUUUGUUGAAAACUUGCACAGAAGACCAGAGGUCUAUGAAACACCAGAAGGGCCAUCUACAGAUGAUGAUACCUACCUUGGGUAUUCUGUAGCUGUUGGGUACUUUGAGGGUCCUGAGGGAAAUACAACAGUUGCAGUUGGCAGACCUCGCGGAGACCAUCUCCAAGGAAAGGUGGAGAUUUAUACCUGGGAUUUGCUCCAAAUUGUGGAUAUUAGUGGUGACCAACUUGGAGGAUAUUUUGGCUAUUCGUUAUGUGCAUCUGAUAUGGAUGGAGAUGGAAAAGAUGACUUGGUAGUUGGUGCUCCACUUUACACUGAACGUAAUAAUGAAGGAAAAUAUGAAACGGGACGAAUUUAUGUGUUCUACCAAAGAGGAGAUUAUGAAAGGAAUAACUCACGUGAUGGCAUCAAUUCCCGAUCUCGUUUUGGAUUAUCAGUGGCUAGUCUUGGAGACAUUAAUAGAGAUGGAUAUGGUGAUAUUGCUGUUGGUGCUCCAUAUGAUAGCCCAGAAGGAAGGGGUGCUGUUUAUAUUUAUCUUGGCUCAUCUGAAGGAAUCAGAGUAAAGCCAUCUCAAGUCAUUCAUGCCAAAGAUGUUUCACAAAGUCUUUCAACUUUUGGAUUCUCUCUUUCUGGAGGCUUAGAUCUAGAUAAUAACUUUUACCCUGAUUUGGUUGUAGGUGCUUAUGAAUCAAAUUCUGCUGCAUUUUUCAGGGCACGUCCAAUUGUAAAAGUCAAUGCCACUGUGGAAUUUAUUAAUACAAACAAGCAAAUCAAUUUAAAAAAUCAUAAUUGUAAAGUUCAAGGCCCUGAUAAUAAUGCCAUUUGCUUUGGAGUUUCAUCUUGUAUAAUAUUUGAUGGUUUGGGAGUAGAUAAUGGGCAUGAAUUUAAUAUAACAAUAACUCUUGAUGCUGCAAAACCAAGAAGUUCCCGCAUGUUUUUUCGAGAUUCUCCCCAGAAAAAUUCAAUGAAUUUUAAUGCUUGGGCUGUCAAAAACACAAUGUACUGCAGACCUUUCAAUGUAUACAUUAAGUCAAAUAUUAGGGAUAAACUCACUCCCUUGGAGGUGGAGAUGCGAUAUAGUUUGCUCUCUCCCCGUGUACAAACCCGGUCAUUGACUCCUGUUCUAGAUUUAGUUCGUCCUCCUGUUAAAAAGGAUACUCUCCACAUUGCCAAGAACUGCGGUCCUGAUAAUAUAUGUAUUCCAGAUUUGAAAAUGAAAGUUGAACCGAGUGUGGAAGAGUACUUCUUAGGUUCUGGAGAAGAUUUCAAAUUAAGAGUUCUUGUUGAAAAUAAACGAGAAGAUGCAUUUGAAGCAACAUACUCUCUUAAGAUUCCACAAGGAUUGAAUUACAAAAACAUAGCUCGGUUAGAUGAGAAUAAAGAUGUAACAAUUCAGUGUUCACCACCAACUACAGCUUCAAACAAUACCUUACUCUGUGAUAUUGGCAAUCCUUUGUCAUCAAAGAAACAUGUUGAGUUUGAGGUUCUCAUGCAGCCAUCUUAUGCAGAAGGUUUACGUUCGUAUUACGACUUUGAAAUGGAAGUGAAUAGCACCAAUCCAGAGAAGGAAAUCACCAAGGAUGACAACAAAAUAAUGUUCAAAAUUCCAAUUAACAUUCAGACAGAUUUAUCUGUUAUGGGAGCCUCCUUUCCAUCUGAUGUGCAUUGGAAUUCUAUGGACUACAGUAAAACUGAAGGAUUUAAAGAGGAAGCUGAAAUUGGACCACAAGUUGUUCAUGUUCAUAAAAUUCGCAACAAUGGACGUGUUAAUAUUGUGAAAGCGGAAGUUUAUUUAGUUGUACCAACAAGCACAUUUGCAGAUGACAAUAUUCUCUAUUUGUUGGAACAACCAGAAACCAAAGGUUCCAUAAAAUGUGAUGCAAUUGAAGCUAAUCUUCUAUCACUUAAGCUUGAAAAUAGAAGAGUAUCCUAUUUAGAUGGCCAAGAAAGAUUAACUGGUUCAGUUGAGCAAUCUGCAUCCAAGGAAUCAUCUUCAUCAUCAACAUCAGCACAAAGCGGUAGUUCCUCCUCACAGGGACAAAGAAGUAGAGGAAGCCUUCAUGAAGAUGAUGCUCCUUCAGAAGGAGGGCGAAGGGGUGGAAGUGCAAGCCAGCAAGAAACCUACCACGGGCAUGGAGGUGCUCAUAGACUAGUAGGAGUAGAUGAGGAACGAGUCAUUCACAAAGACGAAGGCUUAGAAAAUUCAGGAAGAGGAACAUUUGGGCAAACAGGAUCCGGGUAUUUUCAACAAUCUAGUCACAGUUUCCAAAACAAGUCUCGAACAUCACAACACGUAGAAACUCAGAGUGGUAGUUCUGGGCCAGUUGUGCACAAAUCAACAAAUUAUAGUGCAAGUUGGAGCAAGGAUGGUGGGCCAUUGCACCACUAUGAGAAUCACACUUCGGAAAGCGGUGGGCAAGUACAGACCAGUGAAACACAUCACAAUGGAAGAGGUCAAGGGGUCGUUGAGCAUCAUUCUACUGGAGGAAGAACUGGAGGAGGUGUGGAAUAUGAAUCAAGGACCCAUUACUCCAGUUCUUCAGGAUCACAGUCAGGUCAGGCAGAAAGAGGUCAAGGUGCUGUUGUUCACCAUUCUGACAGAGGACAAACUGGAGGAAGUGCUGAAUCUGAGUCUAGGACUCACUACUCCACUUCACGAUCACAGUCAGGUCAGGCAGAAAGAGGUCAAGGAGCUGUUGUUCACCAUUCUGACAGAGGACAAACUGGAGGAAGUGCCGAAUCUGGGUCUAGAACGCACUACUCCAGUUCUUCAGGCUCACAGUCAGGCCAGGCAGAGAGAGGUCAGGGUGUUGUUGAUCACCAUUCUGCUGGUGGACGAACAGGAGGUAGUGCUGAAUAUGAGUCCAGAACUCACUAUUCUAGCUCUUCAAGAUCACAAUCAGGCCAGGUAGAAAGAGGUCAUUCUGAUACUUCUGGAAGUAAUCAAACUAGUGGAACCUACUCAAGUGGGGGAAGUUAUCAGGAUAAUACUAGCAUUUACCGUGAUAACACUGGAGAGUCUCGAUAUAAUGCAAGAGAUCACAGUGACAGAGAAGGGAGAUAUGAUAAUACUGGUUAUAGGGAUAAUAAAGAUUAUAGAAAUUAUGGACAGGCUGUUGGUUCCCACACCAGUCAGAGUGGUCACCAAGAGACCGGAGAUGGUUAUCAUGAAAGUACAGGAUAUUACGAUAGAGAUUACCAUGAUAAUGAAGAUUAUGAAAGUGAAAGAGAUUACUAUGAUAGAAGGCAAGACUCAGAUAGAACACAGGGACAGAAUAGUUCUCAUGGAGUGUUUAGACAUAGUUGGUCUACAAGUGGAAGUAGUAACUCAAAUGCAGGACACGGCACCCAGUGGUCUUCAGGGAGAGAUAAUGUUGGUCGUGACAAUGUUGAUGAAAAUGAACGACAUGUUGAUGGCCAGUAUGGCUCUUUAGACCACAGAUCUCGAGAAAGAACCCAUCAAUAUGGUGACAAUGAUUAUAAUGUUGGGGAAGCAUCCCAUUCUUCAAGUAAUCAUCAUAGAACAUCCAGCUCUCAUCAGCAGUCAUCCUCUGGUUGGAGUCAGAGUGGCACUUCUCAUACCUACGAUCAGAAUUAUAGAGGAGGAGGUUAUGGAGAUGAUUCUUCAAGUGAUGCAAAUGUUCAUCAACAUCUCGCUUCAAAUUGGAACUCUGAACAAAGCCAAGGACGUGCUGGUCAGAGCCAAGGCUCAGAUCAUUAUAAUUCAGGACGAGCGGCAGCAAGUGGAAGAGAUCAAAGAAUAAAUAAACCUGGAGGGCAAGCAUCAAGAGGAAGUGGACAAUUUUACACUUCAUCGGUUUUAUUAGGGGAUGGUGGUGAGGUUGAUCUGGGUUAUGCUGCAAGAGGUUAUGGUCAGCAACAUGGCUCCUCUUCCAGUUCUAGCUCAAGACAUUAUGCUAAUGAAGAACAUCGCAGGACUACUGUUGAUCCUGAUUUGGCAGACUUAGGUGCUCAAUUUACAAAACAACCAGAAGGAAACCAAAGACAUGGUUCUCAUAGAGACGAAGACGAGGAGGGUCAACUGAGAUUAUAUGGUCGAUAUCGUCGAUCUGUACCUGAUAGCUCUGUACAAGAGUUGUUAAAAUGCAAUGCCACAAAUUGCACAAGAAUUCAUUGUACUUUGGGACCUCUUACUGAAGGACAAGAUGCAUUAAUUGCUUUAAGAAUGAGAGUUUGGGUUCCUACUAUGAAAAAGCUUAAAGAUAACAGAAUAAUAAAAACUUCAUCUCGAAUGGUCCUUCAAGUAACAGAAUUACCACAUAUUGGCACACCACAUGAGCCAAUUGUUCGUGAUCAUGAAGUAUUCACAGAUAUUGUGUCUACUGAUUCACCUACUAUACCUGACAUUGUUCCCCUUUGGGUUGUUGUUUUAUCUGCUGUAGCUGGCACAAUUAUUCUGCUGUUGCUAAUAUUUUUAUUAUGGAAGUGUGGCUUCUUCAAGAGAAACAGGCCUGCUGAUGCUGCAGAGAAAGAACCAUUGAAUCGCAAUGGGCAUUAUUCAGCAGGUGAUGAGGCGCUUUAAAUGUUCAACUCAACAACAACCAGAUGAGUUGGUAUCAAAAUAACAGCAGGUUUUCAGUGCAUUUCCUGUUUGACAGUUUUUAAUUACUGAUCAUUCUGUGAAAAACACACAAUUAAAUUAUUAUUCCUACAUUGGAAACUCGAAGAUUUCACUCCAAUGGCAGGAAAAUAAUAAUCCUCACUAUUUGAAUUUAUGAUUCAUAUUUCUUUUACAUUGUUUUAAAUUAUAAUGCCAGUGUCUCGAUAUUUGGUAGUUCCAUCUUUACCUUUAAAUUAAAUGGUGCUACAUCAAUGAGAAAUGCUAUAUUCUACAAAUUUGAUUUCAUAAAGAAUCUCAAUAAAUCAGAAAACAAACUUUUUUUAAAUUAUGCUCAGAGGUUAGUGAUUUAUCAUUGUUUUCAUCUAAUGAUUUUAAUGUGGCAGCAAAAUAGUUUAAUAAUGCUUCUGUUUGAUCUUGUUUUAAUUGUGAGAUAGAACAACUUAAUUUUAGGUAAAUGUUGUUUAAUAUAUAAUAUAGGAGAGAAAUAGUAUUUUCUUACUGCCAUUGUAUAUUUGAAUUACUGGUUUUAAUUCAUUUCUCUCUUAUUCAGAUCAAAGACUUGAGUUCUUUUUAAAGAAACAAUGGAACUUGUGAGUUUGUUGAAUAAACAAAAAUUCACCAAUAGCAAUUAUGUAUUUGGAAUUUUGAUGUAUUUGAGAAGUUUGAAUAUGAGUUAAGGCAGGUUACAAAUGUCACUUAAGAAGAAAUGUAUGCCUUUAAAGUAAAUACUUUGAACACUUGCAAAGAAAUUGAAAUCAAUCAAAUUAACAAUAAUUUUCUCUACAUUAAUUUUAUAUGUAUGUGAAUACCAUGAAGUUAACUAAUGUUCUCAUGACUCAGCCUUAACAAUACAAUACUUUGAUAAUUCUUAAAAUUCCAUCAAUCACUGAGAGUGAAAAAUACGAGUGUGAAAGAAUGGCUCUAAAAAAAUUAUCAGAGAAUAUUCUGUACAUAAUUUAUAAAGUUACAUUUCUUAAUUUAUAAUUUAGAUUGUAAUUAGCAUAAAUGACAAUGACAUGAUUAAGGUAAUAAAUUGAAAACAUUGAUAUUUAUGUUGAUAAAUGCAUAACAAGACUUUAACAAAAGAUGCAUAACUUUGCGUAAAUACAUUGAAAAAUUGUAGUUAAAGUAUUCCAUGGCUAGAGCCCAUUUCUUCUCUUACAAAGGAACAUACUAUCCUUGGUCAUCAUAGAGUCAAGACCAUCAUAUCUGCAUUUCAUAUUAUGCUUCAAAACAGACCCAAAGAAUGUUGCUUGAAGGAUUGGUCUUGCACACAAGGAUAUGGUGUCACCUUGACAGUGAAGAUAAAUACCAUGGAAGAUAAUGUGUUUGCAAAUCUACUAGCAAGUAGUUUCUACUUGUGGCCUUUUGUGAAAAAUAAAUUAGAUAAAAUGUUUGACAGAAGAAAUUUGAAACAAGGUACCUUAAUAAAAAUUAUAUUUUGUAAGGAUGUUACAUUGUUACAUGGUUACUGAUGGCAAAUGAAACAGAGAGAAAGUUUCAUUAAUAUUUUUAAAUGGCGUGAUUUCAUUGAUAUAUCAAAAUUUUGUGAUACAUAGACUUAAAUAUUUCAAUUUUAGACAUAUCAUGUCUAAGUCAUUCAAACCUUUGAGGCAUUUUUAAAGGGUUAUCCAAGAAAAAUGAAAAAGUGUUAUUUUGUUUAUGGUUUACUAGUUCAUUACUGUAGGUUUAUGGUCCUGAAACAAAAUGUAUUGUAGUAUUCCUAAUAUCCUCAUGAGCCUUUCAAAUUAUUUAUGCCCUCUAUCAAUUUAACAGUAAUUUCUAUUUUUUUAUAAAAUUUAUUUAUUGAACUUAAAAAAGGAAAAUAUUUAAUACACGAUAUUUCGCUUAAAUAAGAGAUAUGAACUCAAAUCUCAUUAAAUUCAAAACUCAAACCUUCUAACUUAAUUCCCACUGGCUUGAAACUCCCAAAGUUGAACCUAACUCAAACAUGUCCACUCAAAUCUCUCUUAACUGGAACCUUGUCACCUGGAAUCUCUAUCAACAUGAAUCUCACCAACUCAAACCUAGGAGAUUCUACGAAUUUUACACACCUCUUUUGAGACACCAUAUUGACAACUUACAAUUACAAUCUUUUUGUUAAUUUGAUGCAUGAUCAAUUUAAAGAUUUUUGAAGUUAUAAUUUGAUUCAGUAAGGUACCAGUAAACCAUAAUGUUUGAAUGCACUAUGGGCAUUACUUGAUGUUUUUGCUUUGAUGGCAACUUCCAACCUCUUAGGCCAGAGAACCUAAGAUUUGGAAGUUGUCCUCAGGACAAAAACAGCUAUUUAAUGCCUUGAAUACACAAAUAACUAUCGUUUUGUAAAUGAAACUUCUUUCUCACACAUACUUUUUGUUUGGAUGUGUCUGGUGACAGGUGCCAUAUUACUGUGGCUAUCCUUGUAAAAUAAAAAUUAAGAACAUUUUUGUAUUGUAAAUCCUAUUACAAGUGGCUUUAAAAGAGGAGAUUUUUUUUUAUUUUGCCUAUAGUGGCAGUUCUGUAUAAAUAUGUACAUUGUUUUUGUAAAUGCCAUUUUCAGAAAUACAAUUUUAAAUACUACCCAUAAAAAUACAAUUAUUAUGAAGAGAAUAAGUAACAAAAUCCAAGUUAAUUCCCAUCCUUCCUCCAACUCAGACAACUUUUAUAUAUAAAAAGGAAAAUAUACAUGAUUUAUGUAUUUUAAGGUCACAAGAAUGGUACAAUAAUACUGAAACAUGUAGUGUCAUGUAAAUGUAGUGUCAAAGUUAGCAUGUCAAAAGUAGGAUUGUCAAAAACUUACAAAAAUGCACUAGAAGUAUAUUCUUCAGUGCUUCAUAUUUUUCAGAUAUCAUCAAAGUACUUCUUUCUUGAUUUUCCUCUUCCAAAAUAAGGUCUGCGUCAAUUACCAAUUCACAAGAUUAUUGUUGUAUUGUGUAUACCUUCAUAAGUUUUAUUAUAUGUUUAUAAUUACAUAUCAAACUGUUAAGAUGUGAAAUUUGAAUGAGGGAGUCCAAUACAAAUUGAGGUGGUCAAGGCGAUAUAGUGAUCACUAACAUCUUUGUGAUAUUGAACUAGAAGAAAACAAAAUAUGUGUAAUUCUAGGUCUAGUCUCACAUUAGUUUUGUGAGUACCCUUUCCUCUGUUUAAACCUAUGUCUAUAGUAUUUUGAUUCUAUUGUUUUAUUUUUUUGAAAAGUAUCAAUACUUUUACUUCUAAUUUGGGAAAUGAGACCUAUAAGAAUAUUUUUGUGAGCCCUUCAAUUGAUUUUUAAAGUUUAAUUUGAGGGAAAACAUAAUACUCUAGAAUAAAAUAAUUAUGGAAUUGAGGCUUGUACGACACUAACACAUUUCUGUUGAUAUAGCCCAUUAGGUUUCCAUUUGGCUUGCAGUCAAUUAAUAGUGUAAGUACAACAAUUAAUUUUAUUACCAAUGUUUAGUUUUUAAAACUUUGUUUUUUCUUCAUUAAGCUUUGUCAGAAGUAUGACUGAACCUAGAGAAGAUGUAGAUGUCACAACAGAUUUAAUAGAUGUUUAUAUUUCUUUCCGUGCUAGAGUUUCUUUAGUUUUUUCCACAUUAUUCUGUAUGUGUUCCAUUUGUCUUGAGACUGUCUGUGAUUCAUGUUUGAAAACUACUGUUAAUUUAGAUCUACUAUGUAUAUUUUUUAAUGUAAUAUUGGCCUCUUUCUAUCUCGUUAGCCAAAUGUUUUAGAUUUUCAAUUACCGAGAAUUAUUUUUCUCAUCUUUCAUACAUGGCAAUUACAGAUCUGGAUUACAGAUAUAAAAGAAAUAAAUCAAUAAAUAAAUUUAAAAAAAAAAUACAUUCAUCUGUUCUAAUAUAUUUGGAAUUUAUGAACAUUUAAUUGUUAAUAUUUCUUGACUGUUAAUAAGUGGUGUCCUAGUAGAUGGAUGAGAUAAAAUUACGAAAUGUAAGGAUCUCCACUGCAGUAAUUUCAUUAUCAAAUCAAAUUUAAAAACAAUUGACUUAGAAACUUUCAAAAUUCACUCUAAUGAUCUCUACAGUCAAUUUAAUCAAGCAAUCCAACAAUCACAUUUAUAUUUUAUAAUUUUUAUUAGUUUUUUUUUAAUUACAUGAAAUAAAACUAAACUAAAUGUAUUUUUUAUAAAAACGUUCAGGCUCACCUCAAGUAUCCUGGAAGUAAUAUCCCAUUCUAUAAAAUAUGACUAUAUACCUAGCACAGAAUUUCUUGUAGUAACUUAAACUACUAUCUCAUACAAACUUCACCCAUCUCCUCCUCUCCUUUAUCUCUUCCAUUCUAUGAACCUCUGGUACAUUAAGCUGAUCAAUGUUAACUUUAAAAUGUUUUGAAAAUCAUUCUUAAAUAAACUGAGGCUGAUGUGUGACAGUAAUAAGAUAAGCCACACCUGCCACCACAAGGCCCCUGCUGUUCAUAAAAGUUAAUAUUUUAAUUUUGAUGAAUGUAUGGCUUAUCAUGUUACAAUAAACUAGCUGAUCCCGAUGCCCGAUUCCCAAUGCUUUAAACUGUUUUAAAAAUAUUUUCAUGUUGAAAAUGAUCACUAUGCAUGUUCUAAAUAAAAU